AUGAAUAACUCGGCGGAGCUGCUUGAACCUCCACCCAUUUGGCCUGAUAUUGAAUUAGAAAUGCGGGGAUACAUCGAGAAUCCCGAACGAUUACCGAUACAUCAACUAGACAAUGUUCAAUGUUAUUGGCCGCGCAAGCCUAAUAUUCUUUCACUUUUGGAGUAUGAUUUAGCUCCGAUUGGUACAACAUUGAAGUUUGAUCGUGACCCGAUAACAGGUAAAAUUGGCGAGAUGCAAGAGAUUGUCUUACUGGGUGCAGGAGAAACUGCGAGAAAUUCUAUGUCCAUGACUCGUGCACCUGGACCACUUAUGGAUGGAGUUCGAGGUAAUCCCAGCAAUAUUCCCUUUUGGCCUGGUGGUUUUGAUGAAAUUAAAGUACCUGAAAGUGAAUUUGGGGAGGACAUUGAUUUUGAGAAAAAUUUAAGGACAUUAGCUAAAGGCUUUAGUUCAGGCUUAGAAUUCAAAAGUGACAAUUGUACGCCAACCAAUUGUAACAAGAAUGCAGAGGAAACAUCGAUAUCAAGUUCAGUGUCUGAAACACCCGAUGAAUUACAAACUGAUAAUGAUAAUGUCAAUUUAAUGGCUGUUAUACACGAGGAGGGGAAUUCGCUUGGCUCAUGGUUGCUAACUGAGGAAACUAAGAAAGAAAGUGUACAACCUUCCAACAUUCCCUCCAUAGAAGACAUCUCUACUUUUUCUGACGAAAUAAAUAUACCUGUUCUGAAGAUAUCGGAGAAACGAUCAGAGUUGGCAAAGAGCGAAUGGGCAGAGCAGUUGGAUGUGUCUGCUCCAGUGACUGAUUUUGACAAGAAAGUACCUGAUCCAGCAAUCAAGUUCGAAUAUGAACUGGACACCUUCCAGAAGCAAGCUAUCCUUAAAUUGGAAGAAAACUGCAAUGUAUUUGUUGCUGCGCAUACGUCUGCAGGAAAGACCACUGUCGCUGAAUACGCUAUUGCAUUGAGUCAGAAGCACAUGACGAGAGUGAUUUAUACGUCUCCUAUAAAAGCGCUGUCGAAUCAGAAAUAUCGCGACUUUAAGAAGAAGUUCGAAAGUGUCGGAUUGUUAACGGGUGACUUGCAGAUAAACCAAAACGCCUCGUGCUUAAUCAUGACAACAGAGAUCUUGCAAUCGAUGUUGUAUUGCGCAUCGGACGUCUUGCGAGACCUAGAAUUUGUGAUAUUCGACGAAGUGCAUUACAUUAAUAACGAAGAUAGAGGUCAUGUGUGGGAGGAAAUAGUCAUUCUUCUGCCGCAAACCAUCAACAUAGUAAUGUUAUCUGCGACCGUGCCAAAUCCGAUAGUGUUCGCGGACUGGGUAGGUCGCAUCAAGAAGCGAAAAAUGUACGUGAUCAGUACUCUGAAAAGGCCGAUACCUCUUCUGCAUUAUUUAUACACUGGAACCGACGGUAAGACUAAGGAUGACAAAUUUUUAGUGCUCGAUGGCAGUGGGCAAUUCUUGUUAGACGGAUGGUACAAAGCGGCAAAUUCAUCCGAUAAGAAGAAUAACAAAAAUCAAAAAGAUAACAGGAGAAAAAUUAUAAUGACUCCGAAGCAGGAGGAAGUUUUAUGGAGGGCGUUCAUAAGUCAUCUUAAGAAAAACGACAUGUUACCCGUGGUUGUAUUCACACUGUCGAGGAAGCGUUGCGACAUGAAUGCUGCCACACUGAGGAAUCUCGACUUGACGACCGCGAGGGAGAAGCAUCAGGUGCACGUGUUCUUUCAAAGUAACAUCAGAAACCUGAAGGGCAGCGACAGGGAGUUGCCGCAAGUACUUAUGAUGCAGGAGCUUCUGCAGAAAGGAGUGGGUAUACAUCACAGCGGGAUAUUGCCGAUUCUGAGGGAAAUCGUGGAGAUGUUGUUCCAGAGUGGAGUGGUGAAGUUGCUGUUCGCGACGGAAACUUUUGCCAUGGGUGUCAACAUGCCGGCGCGCACGGUGGUAUUCGAUUCGAUACGGAAGUACGACGGCAAUCACUUUCGCCCUCUGUUCCCGACGGAAUACAUACAGAUGGCCGGUCGCGCCGGCCGGCGAGGCCACGACACCACUGGAACGGUGAUACUGAUGUGCAGGAACGAGGUGCCGCAUUUCAACGACCUCAAGCCAAUGAUGUGCGGCGGUGCGCAGACACUGGAGUCGAAGUUCAAAGUCACCUAUGCCAUGCUAUUGAACCUGAGAAGGGUGAACGAGUCCGUCACUGUCGAGGCGAUGAUGCGCAAGUCCUUCAAGGAAUCGCCCUUGGCCUCGCAGGAAGCGGCGUACAUGACGGAGCUGCGGAAGCUGGAGCGAGAGUUAUCGAAUCUACCGGCUUUCACCGAUGUCCAGAGGAUGCUCUCGGCGUUUCACCACGUGGCGGUGGACUACCUCGAGGACAUCAAGUAUCUGAAUCCGUACAUGUUCGAAUCCAAGAAAGCGGCGAAGAGCGUGACCGAGGGCAGAGUGCUGAUCGUAUCGCACGCGAAUCACUACAACAAGGUAGCUCUCUUGCUGCAAAUUAUCAGCCACAAAACUUCCAAUCAGUACAAAGUGUUGGUGCUCGUGGACGCGAACGCGUCGGACUACGAGGUUGCGGAAUUCAAGGAUCCGCAGAUCUACGAGAGGUGGUGCGAUAUGAUCAACCUGACCAAGAAGCGUAUAUUCGUCCCGAGCAUCAAUCCGUCGCAUCAGGUCCUGACUAUAUCAGCGUGGCAUAUCCUGGCGGUGACCAAGCAUCAGAUAAAAAUCGACUGCACCUUGGUACUGAACGACUGGGAGAAGAGACAAAUAUCACGAUUCAAAAACGAUCCGCCGGGUCAGACCUGCCAGACGGCGGUCCAGGAACUAUUGUCUCUGUCGUUAAAAGCCGGUGCGUCGCCGGAAAUUUUGCAUCCGUACGCUGAAUUCUCGUUGAAGAGCGACUUACGGGUGAGGGUACAACACAGAGACCAGCUCAAGGCGAUUCUCGACGAUAUGAGGUGCACGGAAAUACCUAAUUUCGAGGAACAAUUUAGGCCUGUGUUCGAGCGUAACCAACUCGAGAGCAAAAUACGACAGCUGCAGCUCAAGCUCAGCGACGAGGGGAUGGCUUUGUAUCCGGAAUACGUGAACAUGCUGGCGCUUCUCAAGCAUCUGAGAUACAUCGAUAGCGACGAGAGGGUCGCCCUGAAGGGAAGAGUCGCUCUACAAAUGGGUAGCAACGAAUUGCUCAUAACUGAGCUGAUUCUCAAGAAUGUGCUGACUGUUUUACAACCGGCGGAGAUAGUAGCGCUAUUGUCGGCGGUGAUCUUUCAUCAACGCACCGAUGUUGAGCCAAAACUCACGCCGAAUCUGAUGAAUGGUCGCGAAGUCAUGAAAACGGUGUACGCCGAGUUGGAAUCUUUAGAACAAGUCUACCAGCUGUCGACGUUGUCGCCGUUAAACUUCGGCCUGAUGGAAGUAGUUUAUGAGUGGGCACAGGCUAAGUCAUUCGCCGAAAUUAUGAAGAAGACGGAUGUCCAAGAGGGGAUCAUAGUCCGUUGCAUACAGCAACUCGGCGAGACUCUGCGAGACGUUAAGAACGCGGCUGUGACGAUAGGCGACCCUGUUUUGAAGGAAAAAAUGGAGGAGGCCUCGACCGCGAUCAAGCGCGACAUAGUCUUCGCCGCAUCCUUAUACACGCAAGACUAAAGACUAUUCGACUAACGAAUAAUGUUAUUUUUAGUAUAUUCCGGCGCAAAAUUAUUGUAUUUUUAUAUAAAUUAUAAAUUAAGAGUCCAGAAUAUGGUACAGAGCAUGAUAA